CAAUGCAUGAUGAUGUAAUCCAAUCAUAUGUUUUUUUAUUAUUUGAUGCUUGCAUGGACUGCUUCAAUUCCAUCAUCGGUUUCUGCUAUAAAUACUACCGGUGUCUCUUCGAGCUAGGCAGGCAGCAGGUAGCACUAAUAGCUCUAUCUGCAGCCUCCACUGCAUGCAUACAGCACCUUUGAAUCUUGCUGCAAGCCAGCAGCACUAAUAGCAAGUACAUCAGAGAAUUAACAGGAAUAUAUAGGAAUCCCAUCCAUUCAUCUAUCAUGCCUACUCGUGCUCGUGCAUCAGCAACAAGGUGGAGCGGCAGCAUUAUUGCUGCCCUCCUACUCCUCGCGCUGAUGGCCGGCACCUCGUCGGCGCAGCUGUCCACGGGCUUCUACUCCAGCUCCUGCCCCGGCUUGUACGACGCCGUCAAGUCGGUGGUGCAGUCGGCCAUCGCCCGGGAGAAGCGCCUGGGCGCCUCCAUCCUGCGCCUCUUCUUCCACGACUGCUUCGUCCAGGGCUGCGACGCCUCGCUGCUGCUGGACGACACGCCCAGCUUCCAGGGCGAGAAGAUGGCCAACCCCAACAAUCAAUCCGUGAGAGGGUUCGAGGUCAUCGACGCCAUCAAGACCGCCGUCGAGAAGGUCUGCCCCGGCGUCGUCUCCUGUGCCGACAUCCUCGCCAUCGCUGCAAGGGACAGCGUCGUUAUCCUGGGUGGGCCCAACUGGGACGUGAAGGUCGGGCGGAGGGACUCCCGGACGGCGAGCCUCAGCGGCGCCAACAACAACAUCCCGCCGCCGACGUCGGGUCUCGCCAACCUCACCUCCCUCUUCGCCGCGCAGGGACUCUCCCAAAAGGACAUGGUCGCCCUCUCUGGCGCUCACACCAUAGGCCUAGCUCGUUGCACCAACUUCAGAGCCCACGUGUACAACGACACCAACAUUGAUGGUGCCUUUGCAAGAACAAGGCAGUCAGCUUGUCCUAGGCCCUCAGGUUCAGGGGACAACAAUCUGGCGCCCCUGGACCUUCAGGCCCCAACCGUCUUUGAGAACAGCUACUACAAGAACCUUGUUUGCAAGAAGGGGCUGCUGCACUCUGACCAGGAGCUCUUCAAUGGUGGAGCCACCGAUGCACUAGUCCAAUCAUACGUUAGCAGCCAGAGCGCAUUCUUCGCUGAUUUCGUGACAGGAAUGAUCAAUAUGGGUGACAUUACACCAUUGACAGGCUCCAACGGCGAGAUCAGGAAGAACUGCAGAAGGAUUAAUUAAGACCAGGUUGAGCAAACUAUCUUUUGAGGCUUGGAGUUACUAUAUCUUGCAAGUUUGUAACUUUUCUGUUCUAUUUGCAAUUUGUUAUUGUGAAAUCAACUUGUUGUACCGUGCAAUUAUUCAAAUAUUUCUUUGCUUAUAAAUUAUUAGCCUAUCUUGCA